GUCAUUAGUUUCAAAGUGUUGACUUUUACAUCGUCUGUUGGAUUGAUCUGCAGCUACGGCAGAUCCGAUGGAGCAACCCAUGGACUUUCAAGCAGACCCUCCACAACCAACGACUCAGUCUGAUUCGGAAAACAUUUAUAUGAACCUCAGCAACUUUGAAAUAGGCAAGAAGAUUGGUAAAGGCCAGUUUUCAGAAGUGUAUAGAGCCAAAAAUAAGAUAAAUGGCAGCACUGUUGCAUUGAAGAAAGUGCAGAUUUUCGAAAUGAUGGAUGCGAAAGCCCGGCAAGAUUGUAUAAAAGAAAUUGAUUUACUGAAGCAACUGAAUCACCCAAAUGUGAUAAAGUAUCUGGCAAACUUCAUUGGAAAUAAUGAGCUGAACAUUGUGCUGGAAUUAGCAGAUGCUGGUGAUUUGUCCAGAAUGAUAAAACAUUUCAAAAAACAGAAUCGGUUGAUUCCUGAGAAAACAAUAUGGAAGUAUUUUGUACAGAUCUGCAGUGCACUUAAUCACAUGCAUUCCAGAAGAAUUAUGCAUAGAGACAUUAAACCAGCCAAUGUGUUUAUUACUGCUGAGGGCGUGGUCAAGCUGGGAGAUCUUGGUCUAGGUCGAUUCUUUAGUUCUAAAACUACUGCAGCACAUUCCUUAGUGGGAACGCCAUACUACAUGUCACCAGAAAGAAUACAUGAAACUGGAUACAACUUCAAGUCUGACAUCUGGUCUCUAGGUUGUCUUCUGUAUGAGAUGGCAGCACUUCAGUCCCCAUUCUAUGGAGAUAAGAUGAAUCUGUACUCCCUGUGUAAGAAGAUAGAGUCCUGUGACUACCCACCUCUACCAUCAGACCAUUAUUCUAAAGAGCUACGGGAGCUAGUGGGCAUGUGUAUUAACCCUGACCCCGAACGAAGGCCAACGAUUGAGUAUGUGUAUAGUGUUGCUCAACAGAUGUACAGCUGGAGCCAACAGGUGCAGCCAGUUCAACAGCUACAGCAGCAGCAUCAACAGCAGCAUCCACUUCCGACUGUUGUCCAACAGACAAAGGCAUUCCAGGCCAUAGCCGCUCCUAGUACUCAAUAAAAACAUUGUACCGUGAAAUCCACAUUCCUCUUCAGUUGAUCUGAAAUGUAUCAUUUCACAGGUUCUAGUACUUAAAACAAAUAUCACUGGCUGUUAGUGUCUGUCAAACUAAAACUAGGCAGUGUUGUUUUGAUGCUAGCAGGCAUAGUCGGUAUUUAGGCAGAAUGUCAUUUAAUGUUUAAAAUUAGUACAUAUAGCAAAGAUCUUUAGAUCUAUUGUUUUUGUGUGACUAGGUGACUACAGACUGAUAUAACUGAGAAUCAUUAGUUAAGUUUGAAACUAAUAAUAAAGUUUUCUACUGCUAGUUGAAUCAGACAUGAAAACAAAACUGUUAAUUUAUUAAAAGAGCAAUAACUUGUAUAUUGUCACACAAACUAAGAGAGUGAAAAUGUGGCAUUCACAAAAAUUCAACUUCUGCAUUCCAUUCCAGACAAUUCAGCUGCUGCAUAAUGUUCUAUACAGGUAUAAUUAGAUACAUUGUUAUGAAUGAUCCGAGAAUUAAGAAAUUUGACUCUCCUUUCAUUUUAUAAAGUUUUUAAUAGCCUAUUGACUACAAUCUCCGGAUAGAACAGACUAACUUGGUACCAACCAGCAAAUGUGGUAUUCCUGACACAACUGUUAAUUGAUGUGAAUAUUAGACUAGUUAUUUAUUACAGCAAAUAUUUGUGAUCACAUUUAGUUCGGAAUCAGUUUUACUGGUUCACUAGUAAUAAACACGUCUUUUGAUUACCGCUGAAGGAUGGAUGUUUAUUCUACGAUGCUCGCAUUAUCUUAGUUUCAUGAUAAGUCACAUUAUGUCAUAGUGUCAGAAUCAAAAUUGUAUGCAGCAGACCAUUUGUGAUCAACACUGGUAGUUUUUUAAUAUGAACUGACAUAUUGACAACAAACAAGUAUGGUUUGAAUACUAUUAAUACAAUAAUUAUCCAUAACCUUAAAUAUAUUUUGCAGUGGACAUGUCAGUUAGUAUAUUAAGAAAAACUUUGGAGGUAGUUGAUUUAGAUAUAACUUUUCAUUUAUUACAGCCAAAAGAUGAUGUGUGUAAGACAUGACAUUUGAGUGUUAUUGUUUUUUGACAAAUUAUCUGCAGGAUCAGAUGUUUUGUCAAAUUAUGAGACCUCAAAUAAGGAUUCGUGAUUGGUGUUCUUGUGUGAUAAUGAUUAGAAUGAAAAUAUGGUUAUGAGAAGUAUAUUUGUGUUAAGUAAUAGUUGUGUUUACUUUUAAGACUUUAUUUUAUAUAACCUUAAACAUCGGAGCAAUAGUGCAGUCAAACCUGUCUUAAGUAGUCACACAAGGGAGUAGACAAAAUUGGCUGUUUAAGACAGGUGUCUGCUGAUUACAGGUUGCCACAUAUAGAGUUUGUUGUUGUUUCUUGUUUUACCGUGUGGUACUUCUAAUUAACACAUGUGUGCUUCAUAACUGACUAUAAAUCAACUUUUGACAUGUCGUCCCCUUCAGAAAAAAUGCAACUGGAAUGUAUUAAAUUAACUGUUCUCAACAAUUAGUUUUCUUUGUCCAUUUCAUUAUUUAAUUCCUACUUUAUGUGGUGUAUUGUCAAAGUAAGUGAAUUUACAUAUGUCAAGCAUAGCCUGCCCAGAGGCAAUUAGAUGCAUUCCCAGUCAUACUUUCUUAAUUGAUACACAGGUGAGAUGUUGGGACUGAAUGGGUGCUAGUAUUCCUGAAAGUGUUAAUAUUGGUUAUUUGCUGCACCUUAACGCUGUUGUCAAAAUAUCCCUUAUAUAUAACAGAAAACAUUUAUUGUGGCCGCUUAAUACAGUAAUUUUAGUGAUUUGGGAUUUGAUUUAGGUGGCCGCGUUUGACAGGUGGCCACUUAUUACAGGUGCAUUUACAUUAUAAAUCAUUUGGGAGGAAAAAAAGUGGCCACUUAAGGCAGGUGACCGCUGAUUACAGGUGGCUGCUAGGACAGGUUUGACUGUAUAUGUAUUUGAUUGUAUAGAGGUCAUGGAUUGCUUUCAGGCUGUGGAUUUUGCAUGAUUCUUUGCAAGAGUAAAAUUAUUAGGUGGAAUCCCAAAAUUUCUAUAUUAAAUCAUGUCGAUGAUUCUGGCGGAAUCCUAACAACAAAUUCCCGAAUUCAAUGCCUGGCUUUUGUAUAGUAUUAAUAUUUAUAGAAUGUUAUACUUUUUUUAAUAACAUACCUAGUCUUAGAUUGUUGUUAAUCAAGUGGUUUUCUUUACAAUUUUGUUUGAAUUAGUUUUCGACUUACUUUGUUACUUUAUUGUGCCAAUAUUUUUGUAAUCCGUCCAUCUUAUACUUUUAGAUAAUAUUGUUUCUGAGCUAUACUUUUUGCUUUAUGACAAAAUAGUGAUUGUAAUAUUUUUAUGUAUGUGUGUGUCUGAUAAGAAUAGGGUUGGCCUUUUUUCUUUCUUUUGUUUGAUAGCAAGAUUGUAGGAAUAAUUUCUAAAAAAAAUUAAAAAUCGUUUUAAGUCAAUGUGUAAGUUUGUUUUGAUUAAGAACACCACUAAAACACAUUGAUUAAUUAAGCAUUGGCUAGAGGAUGUUAAACAUUUGCUAAUUCUGACAUGUUGUCUUCAGAGCAAACUUACUACAUUUUCAAUUGUAUAUUUUUAAAACGUAAACUGUAGAUCCUGAAACUAAUGCUAUCAUAAUAUUAAUGCAAAAAAUGCAAACUUGUGUUAUUCGCAUUAAUAAUAUGAUGCAUUUAUUUCUAGGUUUUGUCUGUGUCCCACGUUGUUAAAACAAAACAAAGAUUAAAAUUCUAAUAUAUUCAUAAAACACAAUUGGAAAACAAUGCAUUGUAGGUGAGACAUACAAAUUGUCCUAUAGUCCAGCAAUAUGCCAGCCAUGUGUGACGAUUGCAGGGUCUUUGACCUGAGGUCGACUGUUUCUUUGUUUUUACUGUUUAAAUUCGCUGCAACUUUGUUGGCAUCCACUGGGUGAAUUGUUCUUUCAUGUUGACUUUGAAAUCGCCAUUCAUAGAUAAGGAAGAUACAGUUGUAAUGGUACAUGUAUGCUAGUGUUUAACCAGAUUUAGGUAACGAUACACGUUACGUUAAUGAUUGCUGGAAAAAAAAUACUUUUAAGUUGUUCUCACCAAAAACAUUCGGGACUAAACAGAUUAAUUAUGUGUACACAGAUAUGUUAGUGACUUGAUCUCAUUGAAAACGCCUGUAACUCAAAUUUAACCAAAACAUGCACAGACAUGAGUAAAGUAAUAUUUAAAAGGGAGGCCUCUCGCAUUAAUUUCAUGUCACAUUUUAGUCUGCCCACCGUCACAUUAAUUUAGGGAUGCAUUAAUUUCAGGAUCUACAGUAUUAGGUUUUUAAUGUACUUUAAUUAUUUUAAUAUGCCAAUAUUAUAUGCAUGGAUGGGUGUAAGUAACAUACUGACUAUUGAUAGGAUGUGUAGUUAUGUGUACUGUUUUAAAAAAAAAACCCAUCAGUUUUUCUGAAAGAUCUCAUUCACAUACACUCCAUCUUGUAAUGCAGAACAAAAGAUUAUUUGUUUGUUUUAAACAUUAAUAUACUUAUUUUUACUUGUAAAACAACAUACAACUUAUUUUACAUAAUUAUUUUGAACUUGCAUAAUUAGAAAUCCAGAUGACAAACAAAGAUAUAGUUGUACAUAUACUAAUUAUGGUAUAGUUAAUUAUCUUAAUUUUGAAUAAAAUAUUUUGAAAACGAUUAUCCAGAAAAUAUUAAAAAUUAUUUGAACUACAGGUUGUGUAGAAUAAUGAUGAAUACUAAUAAAUACAUUUAAAGUAUUAUAUUGUUAACUGUUAAAAAUGCUGAGUGUUAAGAUUAGGGUGCAGAAACAAGUUAGUUGGUAUUAUAUCAAGUAUUAUGUCAACUGAUGAUGUAUUAAAACUGUUCCACUUCUGGAAUCAGUGGUUCGUAAUGUAUUGACAAGUUACAUUUCCCCAGCUGUCUGAAAUUUUUUAAAUUAUUUAAUUCAUUUAUGUGAAAUUUGCUUUGCAAAUACAUCUUUUUGUCUUUCUUUCUUUUUGAAAUAUUUGCUUAUUUGUUUAUAUUAGUUUCUGGGAUCUUUUUUUUUUUUAAAUAAUAUAUAUUUUUUUAAAAUGAAAGGUUAAUUAUUAUUAUUAAUAUAUCAGUUUUACUGAACUCCAUUAAUGUUCAAAUAUCUGCUUGGACAGGUAUAUUUUUUCGGGUUUUUCCCAUUGUUACUCUUCUUGUUAGGCAGUGUUUGAUGUUAUAUCUUCCAGAUGGGUAAAACAAAAUAUAUAUAUAUAUAUAUAUAUAUCACUUUUUAUAUUGACCAGCACUAUAAGUUCAGAAAAGAAAUUUAUUGGGAUGAACGAAAUUUGUACCUAGUUACUUUUUACUGAAUAAACCUUAAGAGUAAUAGGUAUUGUGGUUAAUGGAUUUGCUGAAAACAUUAUUUGACCUGCUGGUUUGGAAAGUUUCUUCGAACAGUUAAACAGUAUACAUAUACUUGUAACUAAUACAUUUUUCUUAGUUAUGUUAAAACCUAUUGGCCACUGCUGUUAUGCAAACAAAUGUACAGGUAUCUGUUAUAUAUAGAAUUGUAUACCCAUAGCAAAGUUACGAGUGACUUGUAAGAUACUGUUGGAUAUUUUGUUGUACCCCUGUACCGUUGUUAUGUAAAUAAUAAAUUGUUGUGUUAAUGGAGGUAAGCUGAUUAUUUGGCACAUACUUCAUGUAAGAUUUAUAUGUAAAUUAAUUGAUAUUUUGUGUGUGCACAUUUAGACGUCUACAAUGAAAACUACCAAAGGGUUAUGAUAGUUUGUGGGUGACCAAUUUUUUUUUUUAAUCUGCUGAACUAUUAUUGUAAAUUAUUUAAUAAGUGACGAUGCCUAUCAAAGGACUAAAGUAAAGAUCCAAAGAGUUGAUCAUAAUAAAUAAAACUAGGAUAUCUAUAUCAAUGUUAAAAGCACUAAAAGUGUUUUUAUUGUUUUAUCGAAUGCUUCACAAAUACCAAUCGGUAGGUUUAAAAUGUGUUUUCAGCAUUAAAGCAGAAUUUGCCAUACUACCAAGAGCAUUUAAGAAAGCACAUGAACACACAUCCCGAUAUAUUUAAAUUAAGAAAGCACAUGAACACACAUCCCGAUACAUUUAAAUUAAGAAAGCACAUGAACACACAACCCGAUAUAUUUUUUUUUUUUAUUGAAUUGUUAAUAAUUUGUACUAGAUUUUAGACAGUGCAGAUGCUCACAUUAAGUAUGGAUGUUGGCCAUGAAUUUUUAUUUGAAGUAUUUGCCAAUUAUGUCAUGCAUGAACUAGAUGGUGCAUAGCUCAAGUAAAAACCUCUAUAUUUGUUAGUGUAAUCAUGAUAGAUAUUGUUACAGGUUUGUUUUAAUUAUGUAUAUAGAUAAAAUAUCAAAUAUGAAGGUUCAUAGACCUUUUCUUUACAUUUGUUAUCAACUUAAGUAAUAUUUAUUGGUACGGUUGGUGUAUUUACUUGGUUCAUGUAUUAUAAGUACUGUAAAUCAUAAAAUAUUAGCGAUUUAAAAAGUUAGCGAAAUCCAAAUAAGUGACAUAUUAGUAAUAUACAACUUUAGCGAGGUUGUCAUAUCAAACACUCAAAAAUAAAUGAGCUUAUUUUGUAGGAUCAGCUGAAAUAAUAUGUUUGAUAAAUUUUAAUGUUAUGUAGCUUACAAACAAUAGUUACAGUUAGCAUGCACACUACUGCACGUUUUUACUAAAUUUUGUAGAACUUUCAGUAGUGUGCAUGCUAACUAUAACUAUUAUUGUUUGCUAUCCUUGUGGUUUAAACAGUAGCAGGUCUCUGAAAUUUGUGCAAACAAUCAUUUUGCUCGUGCGUCGUUCAUGUAUAACCCAUUUUUCAUCCCUGCCAAAAACAAAUAAAGACAUAAAAAUGUUUUACGCCAUCAUUAAUUUUGUCACUGUUCACAUAAUGAGAUAUUUGUAACGGGUUACACAAAAUGAAAUGGGUGACCUGAAAUUGUUUUGGUGUAAUCCAUAUUUGGGUUACGCAAAUGUUUAAUUCUCAGGAGUCCUGAAUAACAUUGUAACCAUUAUUGUGGGUUUAGUAAACACUGACAAAAUUACACGCACGGGUUUUGGAACAGUGUUAUAUGUCUGUUUAAAUUUAACAUUAUGAAAUCUUAGUGUUUUGUAUUGCCUCGCUAAUUUUGCUAAAAUUUCAUGAUCUCUAACAUUUCAUGAUUUAUUGUAAUAGGAUUUAAAAGACUACUGAAUUGUAUAAAGAAAAUCCUGUAAUGUUGAAACAAGAAAGAAGACCAAUUGUUUUAAUAUAAAUGUUGCUUGUGUCUUUUCUGGUCAUUAAGACAAAAGAUGGGUGGUUACUAUGUAACCAAAUAAAACAGAUAUUUUAAUAAUAUUUUAUGAAUAUUGUUUUUAAUAUUAAAAUGUUAAUAUAAACAAAAUGUAAAGGUUAACUUUAAAAUAAAAUUAUUAAUUAUGAGCUUUACAGUUUAAAUCUAUUUUACUCCAUUUGUAUUCCUAAUAACGAGUAAAAUGUGUAAUUCCUACUUUUGCAAAAUAUCUAUGCUAAACAUUCCAAACUUAAUUUGAAAAUAAGAACAACAUUUUGAUUCAUAUGUGACAUUAUUAUUGAUCAUUUUAAGUAUGUCACUAUAUAGCUGCAUUUGGUGAAAAUUACACAAAUUUAAGGGAGUUAAUUCAAUUGUACUUUUGUUUUGAGACCAAAAGCAAUUUAAUGUAAACCGGCCUAGGUGGCGUCAUGGUUAAGCCAUAGGACAUAAGGCUGGUAGGUACAGGGUUCGCAGCACGGUACCGGCUCCCACCCAGAGUGAGUUUUAACGACUCAGUGGGUAGGUAUACGGCAAAUACACAUUCU